AUUUGGAGAAAUUUCUCCGCGUGUGUCACCAACUCUACAAGCGAACAAGUGCAGCGGGACCACUUUCCAAGUCGUCCUCCAUCAUCAUCAUGGGAUGCUGCUUGACACGAUGCAUACCUGACGGCAAGAUGGCGACGCAGUUCGAAGCCGAGCUCAACGAAGACGUGUUUGUGAACGCGGACCAACUCCGGACCAAGAGCACGUUCUCGGGCCACGCGUCGCUGCUCCAUGCGGACGAAGUACACUGUGUGCAAGAGAUUGGUAAAGGCGACUCGGGCAUCGUGUACAAAGGAACGUACCGGGGCAGCACCGUGGUCGAGAAACGCAUGAAGAUGUCGACGCAUAAACCAACCGAAGCGAUGGAGAAGUCGCUGGAAGUCGUGGCUUCCCGCAUGAGCAGUCUGCGGCACCCCAACACUGUCCUAUUCAUGGGCGUGUGUCUGCGAGACCAGGCGUUUUGCAUUAUCAGUGAAUACUGCUCCCGGGGCUCUCUGUACGAUAUCCUGCACACGACAAAAGAAUCCCAUCUCCACACAAUGCACACCAGCGGCGACCGCAUCAACGAAGACAAGGAAUCGUCGGAAGGGGGGUUUCACUGGCACCUCCGCUGCCGCCUCGCGCUUGGCGCGGCGCGCGGACUGCUGUACCUCCACAGCGCAAGUCCGCCUCUAGUGCAUGGCCAACUCACAAGCGCCAACAUUUUGGUCGACGACUCGUGGAACGCCAAACUUGCGGAUUUCGGCACCCGACAAGUGUCGCAAGCCGUGCAAUCGAAACCGCGGCACCCGGCCAAAACAAACGGGAGAUUGCCCUAUUGGACAGCUCCGGAAAUCCUCAAAGCCGUCAGCGACAACGUCGACAUGACCGCCGAGAACCCGCAAGGCGCCGACAUUUAUAGCCUCGGGUACGGCAAACCUACCUACUUUAUAUGAGUGGCGGGUUAUGUUACUACAUACUCUGUUAUAGGUUAAUCCUGUGGGAGCUCUUGUCGGGGGAAGUGCCGUUUGCAGAGUGUGUCGAUUACAUUGACCUGCGCAAGUGCGUGUUGGCUGGCCAGCGCCCCGCGAUCCAGGGCGGGUCGGCGUGCCCCGUCGCGUGGACUGAGCUGAUCACCAAGUGCUGGUCCCAAAAUGCCACCAGACGGCCGUCCGCCGCGCAAAUCGUCGCCACGCUCGAAGAAAUGCUGCGGUCGGAACCGAUGAUGCGAAAAAAGUCGUGGCGAAGAAAGGGAAAACAACAUAGGUCUCGACGGCAUAAAAAGUAAUACUAUAAUAGUACUGUAUGCAUACAUACCCACCCA